AUGGCAUCGAAACGUACCUGGGAAAGCGCUAAUCAGCAGCCGCGUUCAUCCACGGCACGCGCUAGCAGAGUAUUGCGAGCCGUACAAACGUACCAGAUCAUUGAAGAUGAUCCGGCACCGGGCACCUCCAUCGCCGGUCCAUCCGAAAGCCGUAGCCUCCUCGUUGUGGCUCUGAAAAAGCUGCAGCAUCAAUCCACUCAAACUGUGGAACCGUCGGAGGUGCGCAUUAAACGAGAGCGCAUCGAUGAACCGAGUGUGCCAUCAUCGCAGCAGCAGCAGCGGCCGGCCUCUAAGCCGGCAACUACUGCGCCAUCAUCACAGCAGCAGCAGCGGCCGGCCUCUAAGCCGGCAACUACUGCGCCAUCAUCGCAGCAACAGCAGCGGCCGGCCUCUAAGCCGGCAACAACUGCGCCAUCAUCACAGCAGCAGCCGCCGGCCUCUAAGCCGGCAACAACUGCGCCAUCUUCACAGCAGCAGCCGGCAACUACUGCGCCAUCAUCACAGCAGCAGCAGCGGCCGGCCUCUAAGCCGGCAACAACUGCGCCAUCAUCACAGCAGCAGCCGGCAACUACUGCGCCAUCAUCGCAGCAACUGCAGCCCGGCUCCCAACCGGCACCAACCGUCCAAACCACGCGCGAAUCGUCCGGAGCGAAUAGAACGGUCGCUCAUAUUGCCUGCCUUAGUGUGACGUCACCAACGAGCAGCAACCAAAUGUUGCAAUCUUUAUUGCAGCACUUGCUUAACCCUACGACUGCAACAACCUCAGUUUUGGCCGGCUCCACCGACGCUACAUCCAGUGCUGCCAGCGCAACUGCUGCCUCGGGGGUACGCGCCGAUGCCGGUGGCUCACAGCAGCAAGCCCAGCCAGCUGCCGACCCGAACCCGACCGCUGAAACCGCCGAAGACGCCGGUUACGAUUCGGACACUGCAUUUCUGACCCGAGCAAUCUAUCCCGUGCUCAGGAGCUGCCGACGCCCCCAGACGCGCUGGUCCAAUGAGAAAUUGCAGGAGAUUUUGCGUAUUGCUUUACGCCAAGAGUUGGUCCGCUGCUGUGAAAAGUACGAACGUAUCAUCGCAGAUGUUCUUUGA